GUGGAGGUGGUCUUCUGGCUGCUUUCCAUGCUGGCCACCCGCGACAAGGAGGACAUGUCACGCACUCUGCUGGCCAUGUCCAGUUCCCAGGAAAGCUGCCUGGCCAUGCGGAAGUCGGGAUGCCUCCCUCUGCUCAUCCAGAUUCUCCAUGACUCAGACCGGGAACCGAGCGCCCCCAACAGCCCCGGAGCCGCAGGGAAGGACUGUCGCAUGCGCGCUAACGCUGCCCUCCACAACAUCAUCUUCUCUCAGCCCGACGAGGGACAGGCCAAGAAGGAGAUGCGGGUGUUACAUGUGCUGGAACAGAUCCGCUCCUACUCCGAGACCUGCUGGGACUGGCUCAGGAUGCAGAAGGAAGGGGCCAAGAUCCCCGAGGGGGGAGCAGGUGGACUCCAGGCCAUUGCUGAGCUCCUGCAGGUGGACUAUGAGAUGCACAAGAUGACCAACGACCCUCUCAACUUGGCACUCAGGCGCUACACAGGCAUGGCCUUGACCAAUCUCACCUUUGGCGACGUGGUCAACAAGGCAACGUUAUGCUCGCGGCAAAGGUGUAUGCAGGCUAUCGUGGACCAAUUAGCAUCUGACAGUGAGGAAUUGCACCAGGUGGUAUCCAGCAUCCUACGCAAUCUCUCAUGGCGAGCUGAUAUGAACAGCAAGAAAGUCUUGCGAGAAGUGGGCAGUGUCUCAGCGCUGAUGCAGUGUGCCUUACGGGCCAGCAAGGAAUCCACCCUGAAGAGCGUCCUCAGUGCCUUGUGGAAUCUCUCAGCUCACAGCACUGAGAAUAAAACCGCCAUCUGUAUGGUGGAAGGAGCGCUUGGCUUCCUAGUGAGCACCCUCACCUACAAGUGCCAGAGUAACUCUCUCGCCAUCAUUGAAAGUGGAGGUGGGAUCCUAAGGAACGUCUCCAGCCUCAUUGCUACCAGAGAAGACUACCGGCAAACUCUGAGGGAUCAUAACUGCCUUCAAACUCUCCUCCAGCACCUCAAGUCCCACAGCCUGACCAUCGUCAGCAACGCCUGUGGCACUCUCUGGAACCUCUCUGCCCGCAGCCCCAAAGACCAAGAACUCCUGUGGGACCUGGGGGCGGUCAGCAUGCUCCGGAAUCUCGUCCACUCCAAGCACAAGAUGAUCGCCAUGGGCAGCACCGCAGCCCUCCGCAACCUCCUUGCCAACCGGCCGCUCAAGUAUAAAGAUGCCAUGGUCAUCUCGCCAGGUUCUUGCAUGCCCUCCCUGUAUAUGCGCAAACAGAAGGCCUUGGAGGCCGAACUGGAUGCCCAGCACUUGGCUGAAACUUUUGACACCAUGGAGAAGCAGACGAUGAAGAAGCAGAGCGUCGCCAAGAAACCCAUGCGUCACAUGGAUAGCUUGGCCAAGGACUACGCGUCUGAUUCGGGUUGUUUUGACGACGAUGAGGUGCCCAACGUCUCCAGCAGUACGGAGACUGGAAAUGCGUCGGUUCUCUCCAUGUUCCUAAAUUCAUCCUUCCUCCAAAGUCAAACUUUGUCAAGAACAGUUUCCCAAAAAAGAGGCCCGGAACCGGAGAAAGAUCCCAGUGGGAAGUCCACGGAAGCCAAGAAGGCCUCCCCGCUGCUCGUGUCCCAGGACAACGACGUCUCCGUAGUGGCUGAGAAAUUGGCCAACAAGAUCACGACGACCGUGGCCAAGAUAGAUAAGUUGGUGGAAGACAUAACCACUCUCCACACCUCCUCUGACGACAGCUUCAGCCUCAGCUCUGAAGACCACUGCCUUGACUGGCAAUAUGGCCUGGAUGAAGUCCAUGAGGCCCGUGCCCAGUCUUGCUCUCCGUGCCGACUCUCGGACACCAGCGGGAUUAUGAAGCGCGAAAGUCUGAGCCGGGCUCACACCCUCCUGAGGCUGAAGAACGCUUACACGAGCUUGUCCAACGACAGCCUCAACAGCGGAAGCACCAGUGACGGCUACUGCCCGAAGGAACACAUGAGGCCAUGUACCCGGACCACCUUCUUGGACUUUAAAGAUGAACUACACCGGUAUCAGAAACGGCCCAGCCGUCUUGACUUGAAGAACAUCUUGUUGAAUAGGCCAGAAAAGAUGGAACUGCCCGAGAAGAGACAGCCAGAAUCCAACGUGAUGGCGGAGAAACCAGAAAAGGAGACACUGCUUGAAAAAGCCAAGGUGACCAGACUUCCACCCAACCCUGAUGUUGCUGAGAAGGAAACUGAAUGCAAGAAGAAAGAGGGAGGCAGACAGCUAGAUCCUGAUCCCAAAGUCCACACAAUCAAACUCUCCCCAUCCUAUCAGCACGUGCCCUUCCUAGAGAACAACACCAUAGCAUCUGGGACGACGGGGGUCUUGGGAACCAGCUCUUACUACCCCAGUUUAUCGAUGAAAACCACAGAUCAUCUGAACAAGGUUCCAGAGAAACUGACCGCAGCAGAACCAGCGAAACAAGAGCGGCUGCAGAAAUACUCGAUGGAAGAGAUGCCCAUUUGCUUCUCCCGAUGCAGUUCCCUGUCUUCUAUCUCCUCCGCCGACGGGCAGAGCCACAGUGAGAACGAGAUGGACACGGAUUCCUCUCUGGAGAUCAUCGAGGUGGAAGAAGUGGAGGAAGCUCAGAAGAACAAUCAAGAGAAGAAGGCAAAGCAGGAGGUGGAGCCCCUCAACUCAUCUUCCCAACCCAUCGCUAUCCCCUUCCCGAACAAAGAGAAAAUGUUUCUUAGAGGAGCGUCACCGUCUCGCCACGACGACCUGACCCCUUCCAGCUCAUCUGAAAACUACAUCCAGGAGACUCCUUUGGUGAUGAGUCGCUGCAGUUCGGUCAGUUCUCUGGGCAGUUUUGAGAGCCCGUCCAUCGCCAGCUCGAUCCAGAGUGAACCCUGCAGUGAGAUGAUUAGCGGUACAGUCAGUCCAAGUGAGCUCCCGGAUAGCCCUGGGCAAACAAUGCCUCCAAGCCGCAGCAAAACACCUCUGUUUGAACUCAACAGCCAGCCGGAGAAGGAGGCCAGCCCGUUCAACAUCCAGUGGGAGAACAAUGUCAAGAAAUUUAUGGACAUCACGGAUUUUAAGGAGCGUUUCCAGAUGCCCCAAGACCUCGACUCCAUGGUCUACUUCACGGUGGAGAAACCCAAUGAGAACUUCUCAUGCGCCUCCAGCUUGAGCGCAUUGCCCCUCCACGAACAUUACAUCCAGAAGGACGUUGAGUUGAAACUCAUCCCGCCAUUCCCAGAAAGGAGCGGGUUGAACUUCAUGACGCAUGAGAAGAGAGACGACGAACGGGCCAUCGAGGGCCAAAGGAAACUGGAGUGCCUUGAGUUGACCUCUGAUGAGGAUAUUGAAAUUCUGAGGGAGUGCAUCAAUUCGGCCAUGCCGCCCCGUUUCCGGAAGAUCAGGACAUCCCUUGUCUCGGGCCUCCCGGGCCAAGUCCUAAACCCUCAGUCAAAGAAGUCAAUGCAGCUUCCAGUCUACAUGUUGGUUCCUGCCAAUUCCCACUUGAGCAUCCCCAAGCACAGGUGGGCCACGGUCACCAGACCCAACAAGGACUACCUGGGCAACGAGGAUUCCUUCACGGACUCAGCAGAAGGAACCCCCGUCAACUUCUCCAGCGCUGCUUCGUUGAGCGAUGAGACCCUUCAGUACCCUAUGAAAGACGAGGGGGAUUCCCGGCAUUGCUCUGGAAAACGAAAGGAAGUAACGGGGGUUCCGAUGGGGGGGCUCCAGAGGGAGAUCCGCCAGCUUGAACAAAGCAGCUGCCGGAUUGGAAGAAUCACCUCCAGCCAUUCCACACCAACCAAAAUGGCCUCCUCCUCUAAGUAUAAAACUGGAUCGAAUCACACCAGCCCACUCCGUGCAACCCGGGCCCAAUCCGCCGAGUCCAGGAGAGGAAACAUUCCCCUCAGGAACCUAGAAUUGACUUUCUUGAGGCAAGGUAGCCCGAGGGCAAGUUCUGAGGGCAACCGUUCCAAGAAGAAGGAGGAGCCUCGGGAGAACAGCAGCCAUGACAGUGACGGGGCCUUCCCAUCCUUCUGCCACACCACACCAACCGAAGAGGCCGUCUACUGCUUCUAUGAGAAUGACUCCGAUGACCUGGUGGAGUUAGGCAUGAAGAACUCACCCAAGAGAAAGCCCAACCUGGCUGGCAAAGGUCAAAACAAAGAAUGCUGGGCUAAGAAAGAACCUGAGCUAAAUUCCAGUCAGCAGCUUCAUGCUAAAAACAAGAUGGCGCCCCAUCUCCGCAGCAACCUGAUUGCAGACGAGACGCCACCAUGUUACUCUCUCAGUUCCUCCCUAAGUUCCCUGAGCGAUCUCGAACUCUAUGGGACUGGAGAAAGGAUGCAGAUGUCCAAGAUCAGAGCUAACCGCCAACUGACCAUGAACCGUCGGCAGGGGACGAGAGCCGCCGUGUCCAAAGGGAGGGACAGCUCCGCCAGUUCCCUCAGUUACAAUUCAGACAAUGACCUCCUGCAGAAGGGCCUCGGCUCGAGCGGGCCCAAGAGGAGACGCCAUUCAGCCAAAAGGAGGAACGUGGAGAAGGAGCAGAAGGGUCUCAAGUCUAAGGAAUGGAAGCCCGAGGGCUUUCCUGAUGAAAUCGCUUCUGAAAAAGGUUCAGAUCUGGAUAGCGUUGACUGGAAAGCCAUCCAGGAAGGGGCUAACUCCAUUGUUACUUGGCUGCACCAAGCUACUUCUUCUAUCGGCAAGGAGACGUCCUCGGAAUCGGACUCCAUUUUGUCUUUUAUGUCUGGCCUUUCGGCAAGUUCUGCUUUACAGCUGAGUUUGGACAGAAGAGACAAGACCCGGGGCAGGAAAGGCCCCACUGGUGGUGUGGAGAAGAAAAAUCUCCCCAAAUCUUUCCAACAUGGCAAGAAUCUGAAUGAAACGAGAGGGGCUGGCAGCAGGAAUAAGACGGAGAAAAACGUAGGCCAGCAGAAACCACUGAGCAACAUCCCCGUCGUCUUCCGAGGCAGGACGGUGAUCUACAUGCCUGAUGCUGCCAAGGAAUCCCCAGUGCAGAGUUCCAGGUCCACCCCAAAGAAAACGGGAGGGCCCACUAAGCAGGAAAUUCCUGAGAAAACUCUGAAUCUCAACCAACCGAGAUCCAGGAGUCUUCACCGGCCUGGGAAGAUCUCAGAAAUGGUGGAAUUGAUGUUGCCCAAAAGAAGUGCAACUCCGCCCGCCAGGAUGAACAGAGCACCGUCGUCCGGAUCCUCCAGAACGUCCACGCCGUCCCAACCCAACCCAAAGAAACUCACAUCACCAUCGCAGCAACCCGGCAGACAGACGCCGUCACGUGAAGCUGGAAAGACCAGUGGAAGCACCACACCCGUUGGCCCUGCCCCCAAACCGGUCCAGAAGUCCCCUGUGUCUAAGCAACACAAGACCCAGAAAUCGCCUGUCCGCAUCCCUUUCAUGCAGAAGCCCGUUAAGAAGACGCUUCCGAUGAGGAACACUAUGCCUACACUGGAGGAACGAGGAGGAAAUUGCAGCAGCGAGCUAAGGGCUAAGGUCAACGGGAAAGGUAUUCUCCAGGCCAACCGCCUUAAUUUGAUGCGCAUGUCCUCAGCGAGAUCCCUCAGCAGUGACUCCCACCAGUCAGGCUUCCUACGGCAGCUGACGUUCAUCAAGGAGUCCCCGAGUCUUCGCAUGAGGCAACGCUCCGAGGUCUCAUCUUCCGAGCCUUUGUCUUCACUCUCUCAGGGUGCCUCGCCACGGAGAGGCCGCCUUGGCCUGCCGACCGUUUUCCUCUGCUCUUCCAGGUGCGAUGAUCUCAAAGUGGACAAGCCAACUGGGUCCAGCCAACGUCCUGUCAUUUCCCGCACGCCCCUUCUCAGCCAGAGCCCCUCUGCAGGAGUCCCCAGAAGGCCGCCCCGCAGGACGAGCUCAGAAAGCCCCUCCCGACUUCCUCUCAAGUCCAACAACGUUCCUCCCGAGCCUUUCAAGCGUUAUUCGUCCUCUCCUCAAAUCAACAUCAUCAAGAGGGCCGCCAGCCCUGCUUCUACUCCAUCGGACAGCCCUGAGCCCUCAAGUGGGAGGAAAAAGAACGAGGAGGUCUCAAAACUACCGGUAAUCCCUCCUGCAGAAAAAGGCACUGAAAAUCAACAGCGUCAGCGGCCACAACAACAACCACAGCCGCAGCAGCCACCACCACAGCCACAGCCACAGCAGCCACAGCCACCGCAGCAGCCGGCAAUGGUGAAAGGGACCUGGAAGAGGAUCCGUGACGAGGACAUACCCCACAUUCUGAAGAGCACCCUUCCUUCGACGGCGUUACCCCUGGUUAGCGCUUGGCGGGAAGAAGAGAGCGAUCAGACACCCGGAGUCCUCCAGCCAAAGACGAGUGAUGCGGUUGUGCAGACGGAAGACUUCUCCACCACAAAGACUAAUUCCAGCACCUCCCCUACGCUGGAGAGCCAGAAGGCCGUCCAGAUCCCACCCGACAGCUACGAAGGAGACGGCUUUGCUCUCGCGAAGGCCACCACCGCGUCCAUCUCCUUUACUCACGAAGGGUCAGUCAGCUCUCUUGGGAAUUUCCCUUCCAGCAGGCACAGCUCCCCAAGCCGGGCUGCUCGGGUGACCCCGUUUAAUUACACCCCCAGCCCAAUGGUGGAGCCCACAGUCAAAGAGAAGCAGGUGGAGAAAACACAAGUUUGACAGCCUUCCAGCUUGGACUGACAAAGUACUGGAAUGUUCCUAGCUAGCCACCAAGAUAUAUACAUAUAAAACAAAAAACCAAGCUUGGAUGUAUUCAUUUUUUAAGAAGUUACAUUUGUCGUUUUACCCCCAACGACCCCCAUUCUUAACCAAACAAGGAAGGCUGUGCGUUUCUUAUGCACACAAGACUCGCUUCUUGUGAGACAUACAAAAGACUACACACAGGAACAAAACGCACAGGUAGAUCCUCGACUUACAACCACAACUGGGGCCGGAUUUUCCGUUGC